GCUGCACAGCGCACGCAGAAAUACAACGUGGGAAACUGUUUUCCGAUCCAUCCUGCAUCUUUAAAUUGGCAAUCUCUGAGCAUUCUGUUUCGCAGUUUCACUUUAGUGAAAGUAGAGUAGUAGUGUUCUUCCUGCAAUCCUUUGGUUUCGAUCAGGUUGAUCAAACCCGAACAUACAGCAAUGGGUGAAAAGGCCACAGAAAUGUAUCUGAAGGCUGACCUGCAGUGCUGUCAAUGCUACAAGAAGGUGAAGAAAAUUCUAUGUAAAUUUCCUGAAAUACAUGACCAGAAAUUCGACGAGAAGAAAAACUUGGUCACAAUCAAAGUUGUAUCCUGCUGUCCUGAGAAGAUUAAGAAGAAGAUCAUCUGCAAGGGUGGAGGUUGCAUUCAGUUUGUUGAGAAAGGGCCUCAAGGGCCUCCCGGGCCUCAAGGGCCUGCAGGACCACCUGGGCCUGCGGGACCACCUGGGCCUGCGGGACCACCAGGGCCUGAAGGGCCUCAGGGACCUCGAGGGCCUCCAGGACUAUGUUAUCCAGUUGGACAGGUCGUUUAUCCAUUCUGUACUUGUGGUUGCGGAGGGACACGCCCAUGGUCGUGCAGGCAACCGUAUCCUAGUGUCUGUCAUAUGCCUUCUAAUGUGAGCCGUUAUGAGUACUGCAGUGGAGGAGAUUCCACAGGAUGCACAACCAUGUAAACGUAAGGUGGUCAUCAUCGUGUCUCUUACAAUAUUAAAAUAAUUUAUGUGUUCCCGCGUACGUACGUGUUAUGUAAGAGACAUAUUAAUAUUACCCAUGAAAUCUUGUACGUCCAUUUAAUGAUUUGAAUUAUGUAUAUGAUUGAUCUUUAAUAUAUAUUGAUCUCGUGCUGC